AUGUGUAGUAAUAAUAAUCGUCCUCACACUAGCGGUGACAAUGUAACUCCCAUUACCACAAUAUCGAAUUUAAGAUCGAAUGAUGUUGUCACCUCAUUCACGCAUUUACCUCAAUCGGCUUCACCAAUAUGUGAUACAAGUUAUCAAAGUGAUGGCGCUAGCACCUCGUCACCUGAUAUUUCAAUAAGUGAUGAAAGAGUGGAUAAUAAUUGUGUGUCCUUUAAUGCUUCAUGUACAUCUCAGGAUUACAGCAAACCGGAUUUAAAUAAUGUUCUAUCUUCGUCUUUUGUCGGAUUACCAUUUGGAUUUCCAAGUGAAACUCCAUUUUCGGCGGGAUUGACGGCAUUUUUGGCUCGUCGCCGUCGCAAAGAGGGCAGACAACGUCGUCAACGUACCACGUUUAGUAAUGAACAGACUUUGCGUUUGGAAGUGGAAUUUCAUCGUAAUGAGUACAUAUCACGUAGUAAACGUUUUGAAUUGGCCGAAUCAUUGGGUCUUUCGGAGACCCAAAUAAAAAUAUGGUUUCAAAAUCGUCGAGCGAAGGAUAAACGAAUUGAAAAGGCCCAAAUUGAUCAACAAUAUAGGAAUUUUGUGGUGGCCAAUGGUUUUAUGAAUUCCAUAAUGGGUCACAAUGCAACAUAUACGCCAACAGCUCUUCAGCAAAAUUUCUAUACACCACAGUCUCAACAACAGCCAUCACAACAUUUAAAUAUAACAAUGCCAGCCAAUAUAAAUACUAGCCAAAUUGGGCCAAAACCUACCACGAACACACCUUCUUCCCAGCUAACACAGAUUCAUCAUAAUGCCCACACACAACUCACUUCGUCGAGCAGGAGAUUGAAUAAUGAUGCCCUUAUCAAUAAUCCCAAUAUCUUGCCUAAUGCCAAUAAUAAUUACAUUGAUAUUAAUAGUUUUCACAAACAGGAGAGUGUUGUUGCCUCCACUUCUGCCAACAGUUUAUGUAAUGAUGGCACCAGCACAGGAAACAAUUGUAAUUUUAAUAAACUUAUUAAUUCGUGUUAA